UCCAUAGCAUUUCCCUCCUGCCACUCCUGGGAGCGCAAGAGCGGACAAAAGUUACGGAUUAAGCGCUUGUCCUCCAAGAGGAAAAAGCGAAAGGCAGCUAAUUUGCCGUAAUCUUUUGUCAAGAUUAUCAUCGAUCUACACGUUUCCAGAUGCGUUGAGGACAUUAUGUUGGACAAAAAGUUGUUUUUAUUCCAUUAUGAGUCUGGACUCAUCAACUAUGAAUGAUGGCCUCCUUUUUUGAUGGAAUAAACGGCGCACUGCAGGAAAACAACGUUUACCAAGAAUACUGUGAUUUGCGAGAAGUUUCGGUUUUAUGACUUUUUUUUUUUUAGCUGUUCAGUUGGGAUUGCUGUCUCUGGUCACUUUUCCGCUGCUGAGUUUCUCGAUGGCGUAGGUGGUGGCAGAAGUUUUUUAAUCACUUUUUUUUGCUUUUGGAUUUGAUAUUUAUGCAGACAGGUCUUCAGUAUGCGCUUAAAACAAAGUGAACUGUUUAAAUCCCAGUGAAAAGCCAUCAAUCAUCACUUUUGGAGAAGGGAAAUGCGGAGUAAAAACGGCGUCUAGAAGGAUGCUGUUGCCUGUACAAUGGAAGUGAAGAACUCUUUCGCUGUUGUUGCGGUGGUUUGUCUCUUGUUUUGCUCCAGUUUCAGCCAAGACCUCAACCCUAAAGGCAAGAAUGUAUGCAAAGCGCCUGGAUCAUCAGGAUUUUUGUGCUGCAGUGGAUGGGGGCAGCUAGGGGAUGAAUGCCUGACACCUCUCUGUGAAGGCAACUUCACCUGCAAGGAAAAUGAGGUGUGUGUCAGGCCGAAUGAAUGUCGCUGUCGUCAUGGAUACUUUGGAGCUAGCUGUGACACUAAGUGCCCUGCCCAGUUCUGGGGCCCUGACUGCAAGGGGAAAUGUAAUUGUUACCCCAAUGGCCAGUGCGAUGACUUGACCGGUGAGUGUACCUGCAACCACAAUCGUUGGGGACCUAACUGUGAGAAUGCUUGCUUAUGCCAAAAGGGCAAGUGUGACCAAGAGACGGGCAAAUGCACAUGUCACCCUGGCGUCUGGGGUCCCCAGUGCAACAACAACUGCUACUGCAGCAUCAACUCCAUCUGCGAUGCCAUGACGGGGCGAUGCUUGUGCAAUCCUGGUUGGACAGGGAGGAACUGUGCAAUCCAGUGUAACUGUAACAAUUCACCAUGUGACCAGUUCACGGGACGCUGCCAGUGCCGGGAGAGGCUGUGGGGCCAACGGUGCGAACGAUACUGCCAAUGCAUCCACGGCAAGUGCAAUCAGGCAGACGGUUCAUGUACCUGCACACCAGGCUACCGUGGGAAGUUCUGCAGGGAACCAUGUCCUGCCGGCUUCUACGGUCAAAACUGCAGGAACAGGUGUGGGCACUGCAAGGGCCAGCAGCCCUGUAAGGUGACAGAGGGACGCUGCAUCACCUGUGACAGAGGCUGGAAUGGGACGCGGUGUGACCAGCUCUGCUCCAAAGGCUUCUUUGGCGAAAACUGCCAGGAAGUGUGUCCCACCUGCAAAGAUGGUCACCACUGCGACCCCAUUCAUGGCAAGUGCUCUCACUGUAACCCUGGCUGGAUUGGAGACAGGUGCGAGGUGCGCUGCCCCAAUGGCACAUAUGGCGAGAAUUGUGAGAACAACUGCAGUCACUGUUUUAAUGGCAUCUGUCAUGUUGUCACGGGAGAGUGCCUGUGUGACCCGGGGUUUUAUGGCACCUACUGCAAUAUGACCUGUCAGCCUGGCCAGUAUGGAGUGAACUGCAACCAGACUUGCUCUUGCCAUGACAAGAACUGUGAUCCUGUGUCUGGUGCUUGCUAUCUCCAGCCCAACCAGCGGAUGGGUGUGAUUGCGGCUGGAACCCUGGUCUCAUUUUUACUGAUUGUCCUGCUCUCGCUGCUGUGCUGCUGCUGCCUCUGUCGACACAAAGACAACCACAACAAAAAAGCCAAGCGGAUCCUGUGUGGACGAUUCAGCCGCAUCAGCACUAAACUUCCCCGUAUUCCACUGAGGCGACAGAAACUGCCCAAAGUAGUCGUAGCCCACCAUGACCCAGAGAACACCUUCAACUGCAGCUUCAUCGAGCCUCCUUCAGUGGUCGAGCAGCCCUCCCCCUCCUCCUGGUCGUCCCAGGAGUCCUUUUCUUCCUUUGAGAGCGGAGAUGAGGGGCCAGUUUACUGUGUGCCCAAUGAAGAAUCUGUGAACGAAAGCAAAGAGAAGCGCAGUCCCAGCCCAGCAACAGAGAGGCCAGAAGCUAUCCUUAAUGAGGAGGAUGCAGGGGAGUACACCUCCCUGAAAGACACCAGUGUCGCAAAACCAGAUGGCAAUGAGCAGCCCCUGCUCAAGUCCUCUGAUAGUGAAGGCUCCACAAGUGGCUCCGAGUCCACUACUGCAGCCGUCUACGCUCGCAUCGCCCGCCUCUCCAAGCAGUCCAAGGAGGACGAUGGCAGUGCCAAGGAUGGGGAUGGCACUCCUACACCAGAGGCUAAGCGCAAUGGAAAGCCACCACCAUCCCCUGGCAAGCCCAAACCUCGACCACCAGACCCAUCCACUAAGCCCAAGGUAUCGUGGAUACAUGGAAAUACUACAGGGUCUCCCCAGCUAGAGCAGCAGGGACAGGGAGGAAUGAAGGCACUUGCAGUGCCAAAGGAGAAAAAGAGGAGCUCCAGCGAUGGCUCAGCCAAGAGCGACGAGCGGCAGAAAAUGAAAGAGAAGAGCCGUGAGCAACAGAAGAAACAGGAGGGGAAGGAGGCAGAAGUCAAUGGCUCCCCCAGCAAACAAAAGCCUCUGCGAGGUAAGAAGUCUGGGGACGAGCACAGCAGUCCCAGUCACAUGGAGCACAUUAAUGGUGUGGUUCAGAAUGCCCUGAAGAAGAUAAGUAGCUUCCACAGUUCCUCAUCUGAGAAGAAGAAUGCUGAUAGUCCAAAGGAGACCCCCAAGGAUGCACCCAAGAGCCCCAAGGUCAUUCACCCUCAUAUGAACUCUGAGGCUGCCACGCUCCUGGCUGCUCAACUUAAGGAGAAAACCCAAAGCAUCAACAGGAACGAGGGCACAGGUCUGACGAAGACCAAUGGUCUUUCCACACCCAAGGGACACCGGGAGAAGCCAACACCUCCGCAGAAAGCCAAGAGGACCCCUUCCGGUGGAUUGAGCCAGCAGGGCUCCAACAAGCCCCUGCUGCCUACCUCGAGCAGCCUCCAGAAGAUGGUGGCACCCGUCAGCACCGACCUUGGGACCCCUGACGCCAAGAGCCCGGAGAAGCAGGACUUGAACGGCUCAAGGGCAGGGGACUCAACGUUGGACCAGACACCAAAGAAGACUCCCAUAAAAAAGCCACCCAGGAAGAAAGGCAAGGAGGGUACUUUGGAUACAUCAGAAAACAAAUCACCCCAGCAAAAGACAGCCAUUAUGCCACCACAGGUAGUUAAAUAAGUGUUUUUAAAGACAAAUGGCUGAAGUUUGUGAGGAAUUUCAAAGAGACUAAAAUGGAUUUGUUGGAAGGUGAACCACAUAGUUUUUCAAUCAAGGAAUUUUAACAUUUUUUUCUGUGUGAGUGUGCUGUGACUCCAGGACCAGUAAAGAGUGAGAAAUGCUUUUAAACGGAAGGGCGCAGUUGAGUCAUAUUGGUGAGUUAUAUUAUAAUGACCUCUAUACACCAUUGUAUUUCAUUUCAAGAGUCCUUUUUUGUAUAACAACUAUGUAUCAAUCUCACACCACAACCUGUGGCUAAGCCAGACACAACUGUGAGAACAGUGGUGCACAGACAUAAUCCAUAGUUCAUUCAUCUCUAUUCAUCAGCAGUAUGUCCACCACUAUAUUUAUACAUGGAUUGCUUUUGAGGUUGCAUAACUGUAAUUUGCUAUGCAGGUGUCAGAAAAAAAUAUCUAUUUUUUAUGUACGCUCUCCAAAGGUACUAAAGGUACUUAAAAUAAGAAGAGAAUUAGAUCCCCUGAGGAUUGCAAGCUAUUUGUUGUUUGUUUUGUUGUUUUUUUCUCAUUUCUAAGGACCAACAUGCUCAAAUACAGCUUUAUACCUGAAGCCACCCUAAAUUAGAUAUAAUCCUCAUUCUUGAUGUCAAGGCUAUUCUUUGCAAAUGAGGGUCUCCUUAAUUGUCAAUGAAGAGCAUCACUUUUAUAGUUUCAGUGUGAUUUAUUGGAGACAAAGAAAGCACCUUUUUAUUUUCCUCCUCUGCUUUGCUACUAGAAUUAGGACUUUCAGGUUGAUAUACAGCGUUAUUUGGAAGCUUCUCUUUAAUCAACAAGGUUGACACCCCACAGUAUACAAGUUAUGCUACAUUUAGGACUUAGUUUGGCUUCUUUGCUUGUGAGUCACCUUUAAUUGCUCACUGACUUUAGCGUUUGGUUUCAAGGCUCUUCUCUAAAGAAAUGUUAGAUUUUUGGAUUUAAGUCUUAACUCUCUUUUGUCCAACUCUGUCAGACAUGGUUUGUUGAAACCCAAACAAGCUCUUUGAUCUUUUUGUAAAAAAAGGCUGUUUAAAACCUCUUUCAUACUUCUGCUAAAACCAAAUGACCAUAAUGUGCUCUUACUGUACGUUUUAUUCAGUCAGUUAAACCACUAAACCAAAAAUGAAAUCCCAAGCCAUCCUAUGUCCUCGCUUGAUGUCAUGCUUAUAAAUCACUUUAAACUCACUUUCUUCCUCUGUAAUACAGCAACAUCUGUAGUUCCCCUAUGCUGUAUUCAAGAAAAUAUACUACAGGACAAUAACCUCCCUGUAGAUGGAAUAGAUAGUUUUGUUAAAGUAGUGGCUGUUCGUAGCAUUCUCAACAGAUCAGACUACAGAAAGAGACUGCCAUGUGUCUUUAUUUGCGCUUUCAGUUUAGUCGAGAAACUAGGUCAAUAAUGCCAUUAGAGCUAUUCUCAUUCAUUUGUUUAUGCCAUCAGGGUCUUGUGAAAAAAAUAAAAUAAAUAAAAACUCUCAAAGAUGUUUUUCCCUAAAGGAUUAUAUUUUCUAAAACUAGUGGAUGAAUGCUGUAGUAAUAGGGUGCUUUAAUUUCAUUGUUUUAGGGUAAGACUAUAAGGCUAAAUGGUACCAUGCCUCAAGUGUUAAAAUGUGCCUCAACUGUUGAUCAGUUUAAGCAAAAGAAGCUAUGUUUGCCUAAAUGUUGUUUCACAUAAUAAGUAAACCAAAAAACGUGGUGGGGAGGAAUACUUUAACUGUUUCUCAAAAUGAAAACCUCUUUAUUUCAGUUAUUGGUGGAUAGCUUUUUGAAAAUAGCACUCAAAACAUGAGCUAUGUCCAACAAAGUAUAUAUGCAAUGUGCUAUUGCCCUGUUUUGGGCUGAAGAAUAUUUUACAUUCACAGGUAAUUUGAAAAUUGUCUUGGUUUUAUUUGUUUUUUUCAAGGUACAACACAUUUCUUUGGUUAUUUUUUCAACAUUUCCUACUUGUAUACAUUGUGUACUUUUUAUUAUCUUUGUAAGCUGUGCUUAUAUGACCUUUUUAGUUCUUCUGUUUUCCUUGGUGUCAAUGAACUGGCUUUCAUGUUGUAUUUGCUUUUUUUUGGUAUGUUGCUUAUUUUUGGCUCUGAAGCAAACCUGCAGUAUGAAUACUCUCCUCCUGUAAAGUUUACAUUGGCUUUGUAAUUGUUCUCUGUUGAUGUUAUUGUUUGUGUAACACUUAACUGCAUGACGCAGAGUGUAAUUAUAUGGCAUUAAUAGCUGCACAGGAAAUCUGUAACCUUAUUGUUCCCUACAGUUGUUAUUAUUGCCUCCCAUGAAAAAUAAGUAAUUCAGAAAGGAUUGUACAAUACUACUAUGAUACCACUGUUGAAACAAUUGCAUAUACUUAAAUCCAUAACAUUAUGUUAUUAUGAAGUUGCAAUUUUUAUCUGACUGGCCCGUGCCUGUUUUUAUAGGCUUACAGUGCAUUUUUGUAAAGAGGGCCUGAAAAGCUGCAAAACGUUACCAACUGUAAGGUAUAUUUUGUCUGUUGUGGUUUGUUUUUAGCAACUUUGAUUUCCAUUUGUGUAUGGUCAUUAAAUUGAUGUGUCCUCAUUUACUUCUUUGGAAUAAAAAAGCAAUACAUGUAGCUAGUCAAACCAGAGCUUAAAAA